GGAGGCUGCAGCAGAAAAACGGUAAGAAAACACGAGAGAGAUCGAUCAAGCGGUAGCAGCAAUUCACCAUCAUCGUGCCAGCGAUCAUGACGAAACAAGGGAAGCAUUACCGCUCCUCGAAAAAGGUUUCUUCCUCGCCGGCGUGGUCAUUCAGGAAGUGGGAACCGACCAUGAUGCUGUUGGCUUUCCUUCUGCUCGUCACGAUGGUACUGCUAGGCCUUGUCGCUCUGCCGAUCAUCUUCCCGCCCAUCGACGCUGCUCUUAAGAGGAGCUCACUCGACGUGUCCGACCUCUCUUCCCUUAAAUUCCAAACGGACCUCCACAGCUGCAAAGAGUCUGAGAAUCAACGGAAACAAAUCUACCACAGUUUCUUGAGAAAAGAUGAAUGUGAGUACUUAAUCAGUCUUGCCAAACCCCACAUGCAAAAUUCAACUUUAAUGGACAGCACCAUCGGCAAGAGUAAUGACAGCAGAGUACGAACAAGUUCUGGCAUGUUUUUGAAAAGAAAACAAGAUAAGGUUGUUUCAAGCAUUGAGCAGAGAAUUGCAGACUUCACAUUCAUUCCUAUGGAAAAUGGAGAGGGUCUUCAAGUUCUUCACCGCGAGGCUGGGCAGAAAUAUGAGCCUCACUUUGACUACUUCCUUGAUGAAUUCAACGCCAAAAAUGGAGGUCAAAGGAUUGCAACUGUUCUUAUGUACCUGAGUGAUGUUGAAGAAGGUGGUGAGACUGUGUUUCCAUCAGUCAAAGUUAACGAAAGUUCUGUUCCUUAUUGGAAUGAGCUGUCUGAAUGUGGGAAAACUGGACUUGCAGUUAGGCCAAAGAUGGGUGAUGCUUUGCUCUUCUGGAGCAUGAGGCCUGAUGCUACACUUGAUCCAAUGAGUUUGCAUGCGGGUUGCCCUGUGAUUAAAGGAAGCAAAUGGUCAUCAACAAAAUGGAUCCAUGUUAACGAGUUCAAGGCAUAAUUUUUUAUGUUUCAAGGUUCGGACUUCAGAUACAAGGAAGCUUCUGAUCCAUGACAACUCCAUAUGAUUGUUGUUGAGUUGCUGCUUGUGUUGUAUCAGCUGAUCAACAAUGGAAAGAGCUAAGUGUGUCAGGGCCUUGCACUCUGUAAAAGAAAACUGUGCUUUUAGUUUUGGUAUACAUUUGCUAGAGUCACUUUCCUCUGCAAUUUGAUCAUGAUCUCUUGAUCCAAGUCUACGUUUCGUAGAAUGGUAUCCACGUAAUCAAUGAGAUCGGAAACCUACCGAUUGACCCUUUAUUUACAUUUUC